CCCGGCUCUCGCACGCAGCGGCGGCGGCGGAGCGCGUCGCGUCGAGCGGGGAGGAGGAGGAGGAGGAGGAAGGGGAGGGGGGAUCUUCUCGGCGAGGAUGCCCGGAGCGGCUGCAGGGACGGCGGCGACAGGAGCGGGCUCGUCAGGAGCGGCAGCAGCGGGGAUGCUCCCGGCUCAGGAGGCGGCCAAGAUCUACCACACCAACUACGUGCGGAACUCGCGGGCCAUCGGCGUGCUCUGGGCCAUCUUCACCAUCUGCUUUGCCAUCGUCAACGUGGUGUGCUUCAUCCAGCCCUACUGGAUCGGGGACGGCGUGGACACGCCGCAGGCGGGCUACUUCGGGCUCUUCCACUACUGCAUCGGCAACGGCUUCAGCCGGGAACUCACCUGCCGGGGCAGCUUCACGGACUUCUCCAGCCUGCCCUCGGGAGCCUUCAAAGCCGCCUCCUUCUUCAUCGGGCUCUCGAUGAUGCUCAUCAUCGCCUGCAUCGUCUGCUUCAUCCUCUUCUUCUUCUGCAACACAGCCACCGUCUACAAGAUCUGUGCCUGGAUGCAGCUGACCUCGGCUGCCUGUCUCGUCCUGGGUUGUAUGAUUUUUCCUGAUGGCUGGGAUUCAGAUGAGGUAAAACGGAUGUGUGGUGAAAAGACAGACAAGUACACGCUGGGGGCUUGUUCAGUCCGCUGGGCAUAUAUCCUGGCAAUUAUUGGAAUCUUGGAUGCCCUGAUCCUCUCAUUUCUGGCAUUUGUGCUUGGCAACAGACAAGACAGCUUGCUAGCAGAGGAGCUCAAGUUGGAAAACAAAGAUGAUGGAAAUGCUUAAAACAAGUUAAGGUAGUAUGACACAGACUAAUUCCUACUAAGCCAAUCCUCACUAGAAUGAGCACAAAACAAAACAAAUAACAGCUUUUGUACAUCAACAUUAAAAUGGGAAGAAGCUUGGAAAAGGGCCUCCAACAGAGAAGAACGCUGAUGAGUGCAAAAUUGCCUGAUGGGUAAGCGCCACCUUCUAAACAUAGGUCAGCCAGACGUGGAAGUGAUUUUCAGAAGAGAAAUGCAAUCAUGGAUUACACACCAGCUCAUUAGAAACUGUUGCUGAAUACAGCAUCCAGGAGACAUGCAUGAAAAGUCACAUUUGGGGAAUAAAUUAAAAGGGGUGUAGUUGUUGCUAGAUAAACAUAUGUAAUAUAUAUGCAUUGAAGAGGUUUGUAAAUGUCAUUUUUUUUAUUCAGACAGAAAGCAAAAAGCUUUAAAACCUUUCACAGUAGAGAGACAGUUAACUCCAGACUAUUCCUAUCCCAGUAGCCAAGAAGCUGAUAGGACAUCUCUCUUUAAUUAGCAUUUAUAAAUAGACUCUCUGAAUGUUUCCAUCACUUAGUGGAAAAAGCAUAACUUUUACUGCUACAUCGCUGCACUUCAUUUACUUCACUGUAUAAUAAUUUGACUAAAACUGUAAAGCUUCUCAAUUUUUACUGCAUACGUGUUCCAAUUAAUCUAUGUCUGUAACAAACUUAAGACUGAAAAAUUCUGACCUGUAUUCUAGUUCUACGAAGCAUAUAUACUAUAAGAUAUGUCUGACUGAAUAUCAUAGUGCUAUAAUUUCCCAAGACACGCCGAAUCGUUUGUAUUUGAAGCUGCAAAAUAAAAGCACUUGAUUUCUUUUUUAAUAGGAGAAAGUCGUUUACCCCUUAAAUGUAACACAGCUGCUCACUGUGAGGGCAUUUCUAUUUCUUUCCUUGUUCUGCUAUAUAACCACUGAGGGACACUCUCUGGCCCCUGCUAAUGCCAAUGAGGCAAGGUGAUCUAACAAUCCCUUCUGGCCUUAAACUCAAUAUAUAAAUUAAAAGACUAGUAAGGAAAUACACAUUGCAAAUAGCUGAGAGCUGGGUGCACAGAGCCCCCGGGCACUGGUGGGGCUGGGGCUUCCCUCCACAGCGGCUCUACAGCUCAGUCCUUGAAGGGCACCCUCAUUUCCAGAAGCCACUGUGCUGUAAACCAGGAGGAGGCACAGGGUAUCAAGAAAGACCUCAUAGCAAAAGUCCUGGAUGCCUAGUGGCAGGCAUAGAGCAACGAAGGGAAGCAGGGAUCCCUCUCCUCUGCUCCUCUCCGAGGCCUCCCACCACAGUAUGGGUCUCCUCCUGGCUCAGGACUGGGCAGGAGCACGCUGCUCCCUACAUUUCUUCUGCCCUCUCCUGCGUAUCACAGAAUCCAGCCCAAAAUGAACACUACAACACUGAUUUCUGCAGAUUAAUUUAAACCUAUUGAUUCAUUUUUUGGCUUUUGGAGCAAAUGGCUAAAAUAGUAAUUAACUUCUAAUGUUGAUCCCAAAUAACACAAUGCACUGAAGACAUGAGUAAAACAUGAAUUUAAACUGGUUUUUAGCUAUUGGCUGCAUAACACAAGAUGUUCCAGAAUUUAAUGCAUGAAUCUCAAAAACUUAAUUUCAUUUUUUAAUUUAAAAUAAUCUUUAAGCAAAUUAUCAAUAAGUAUAAGGAUUUAGGUAACUCUUUCAUCUAAGUAACAAGGAACCAGUGUGACACUGCUUGCCCUACAGGUUGGACACUGAUGUGAAUGUCUGCCAAGUAAAUUUAUGCAUGAAUCUGGGCAGCAGCAUUUUUAAAAAACAGUUUGUUUUAAUCCAGAUGUGCUCUUGUAACUGAAUAUAGGAGACUCCCCAACUUCUACAAGACCAGCGUUAGAGCUGGUCAAAAAUCCCACCCAAAUCAACCAACUUCCAUAGAAGUUUUCACACUCCCUGCUAUUGACUUGAAGGGGAUGGUAGGUAAAAAUCAAGUAGUUUACACACAAAGCUGCAUAAACUCUUUAAGGUCGAACUUCAGACAGGUUUAUAAAUCUGUGUUUAGUCUAAACAGCAUCAGCUGGAAAAUGCACAUCCUUAAGGGCCAGGUGCAUUCAUUCAGGAGUCCCUGUUAAACGGUGCCUCCGCAAAGCCUGUCCUCACUCACUGCUCUUGUUGGCUCUCAGCCACACUCUCACCUCAAAAGCCUGUGAAAGGGUUUGCUAUCUGGAUGUACUGUUGUAUCACUGUCUUCGUUUGCUCCUUAGGUUUACCUCUGUCCCGAAUUAUUGCAGUCAUGGCACUUCUGCAGUGACAGAAAUCAGCGAAACAGGGUUUCUCUGUAUUAUGUUAUUUUGUUAUGGACUAAUAAGUUUUGCAUCAUGAUGACUGUGUAAUGUAAAAGCCCUUUCUAAAUAUACACAAAAGUUGCAAAAAAAGUGUCAUCACAAGACCUUGCAACCCUGUCAGGGUAUCUCACUGAUAAUGUACCAUUUGUACAUAGUCAGAAGGGGAGACAUACCAGGAUGUACAUCGCUAAAUGUUAACUCAGUACGAAUAAUAUGUUUUAUCUUCUUAAAUGUUACUGCUUUCUCAUCGCACUCCAUUGUAACUUGUCAAUUGUAAUUUUUUUUAAGUCAACAAACUGUAAAGAAAACUGUUGAAAUACCUGAUUUUCUGUAAAAAGUAAUAACAACAAUAAUUUUUGUUACUUUAAAGUAUGCUUGGUAUUAAAGUACCUAAUAAAGUUCAACAAUGACUUUUGUAGCAUACUAAAAUAAAGUGUGAUAGUGCUUUUCUCCAGCUCACCUGUGGUAACAGCUGCUGUUGUUGGGAUUACUGUCCUCCUCCUAAACACAUGCCUGUCCAUCUCCUACUCACCUUUGCUUACACAGAUUCCCAAGAUAUGUAAAGUCCAAGAAAAAUCUGGUCCCUUAAUGAGAGCAGGGAUUUUUUUAUGCGUGGGUCAAAUUCACAGCAUAAGAACCUUGUUGGUAAGUCAUCACCACCUUCUGGUACCUGGUUAUAUAUAUGGGCAACAAUAUAGACUUCCUGAUUACUUUGUUUGUUAUAAAACUUAUUUGAUAUUAAGAGAAAGGAGAACGUAAGUUAUUUAGGAGUCAAUUAUAUAAACAGAGAACUACCAUGCUUGUAGGAUGCUGAAUUCCCAUUCAUUUCAGUUACUCCUCAAAGAACUGGUUUGGAGGACACAGUAAAGUUCAGAAAAUGCUUCCCCCUAAUUUCACUACAUGAAGUUACACUGGAGCUAUCAAGGGCUGUCACAGAUGUACAUCAUUCCAUAGCUUGCACCAACAAGAGGUAGAUACUUUCUUGUCAAAUAGAUGCUGGGUUCGCCUCCAUGAUGUUGAUGUGGUGGUAUCUACAUUUGGAGAUGAUCUAGAAAUGAUUGUGACUGAAGUCUGAUUAUUCCCAAACUCCCAGGCCCUGCCACAUUUUGAUAACGGAUCAGCUUCCCUUGAACCAUCCAGCUUCCCCUGUUCUAGGUAGGAAAAUGUAGUGCUGGGCCAAGCAACUUUCUGUCCAUUUUCAUUCUACUAGUUUGAUGUCCUUCAGAUGUUUAAAAGUUUUAGUAGUUUCAUUUAAUUCUUGAUGUUUGAAAUGGAAUAAGAACUAUAAAAUUUAAAAUAAAAUAAAUAAUAAUUAAAAAAAAAAGAUUUGUCCUCACUAGUUUAGACAUUGAAAAGCCAGCCAUAUGCCGAGUAGCUUCUGAGUAAGUGACAGAUAGCAACACAAUUUUUUUCACAUAUGCUAAAAUCUAGAGGAUUAUACAUUUCUCAUUUCCAAGGAGCUCUGUGCAGAAGGAAAUGGCUUUGCCUGCUGUUGGAGUAGCUGGCAGUACCUGCACACAUUAGCCAUCCUUGUAACCAUUCCACCUUGAUCUGAGUUCCUCAUUGAUUUACAUUAAUAUUUUGAGAAGAGACUUCCAUGGAAGACCCAAAAUUCUGCAGAAAAUUGAAUAUGUAGAUUAAAAAUUCAUGCUCUUCCCUUUAUAUCAAACAACAUUAGUCCUGUGCUGCUGAAUACACAAAGCCAAGGCUUGCAGUGAUCAGAUACUGCCGUGAUGCUUUCUAUUACCCAUCUGUCUCUCUUAAAUUUUUGCUUAGCGUUACUUCAGAUUACCUUCUAAAAUGCCUUUUGCAUUUUAAAAAAUAAACUGAUAUAUCCUUCC